CGGGCGCGGGCCUGGCGGGGCCAGGCGCAGCAGGAAGGCAAAAUGGAAAGCGAGACAAUCGAAGCUAUUGGGGAGGAGUCGGAAACUUUCAUUAAGGGGAAAGAAAGAAAGACCUAUCAAAGACGCCGUGAAGGUGGGCAGGAGGAGGAUGCUUGCCAUAUACCACCGAACCAAGCAGAUGCGGGUGAAGUAGUGCAGGAUGUCAACAGUGGUGUGCAAAUGGUAAUGAUGGAACAGCUGGAUCCAACGCUUCUUCAAAUGAAGACUGAAGUAAUGGAAGGCACAGUGGCUCAGGAAGCAGAGGCUACAGUAGAUGACACACAGAUAAUAACACUUCAGGUUGUUAAUAUGGAAGAACAGCCUAUAAACCUUGGUGAGCUUCAGCUUGUCCAAGUACCUGUUCCAGUGACUGUACCUGUUGCCACUACGUCUGUGGAAGAACUUCAGGGAGCCUAUGAAAAUGAAGUUUCCAAAGGAGGCCUGCAGGAGGGAGAGCCUAUGAUCUGUCACACGCUCCCUUUACCAGAAGGGUUCCAGGUAGUGAAAGUAGGUGCAAAUGGUGAGGUGGAGACACUGGAACAAGGUGAACUUCAGCCACAGGAAGAUCCCAAUUGGCAGAAAGAUCCAGACUAUCAGCCACCAGCCAAAAAAUCAAAGAAAACCAAAAAGAGCAAGCUCCGGUACACUGAGGAAGGCAAAGAUGUGGAUGUUUCUGUGUAUGACUUCGAAGAGGAGCAGCAGGAGGGUUUGUUGUCUGAGGUUAAUGCAGAAAAGGUGGUGGGCAACAUGAAGCCCCCUAAACCAACAAAAAUCAAAAAGAAAGGUGUAAAGAAGACAUUCCAGUGCGAGCUGUGCAGUUAUACUUGUCCACGUCGUUCUAACUUGGACCGCCACAUGAAAAGCCACACUGAUGAAAGACCACACAAGUGCCAUCUCUGUGGUAGAGCUUUCCGGACAGUCACACUGCUGAGGAACCACCUCAAUACUCACACAGGUACUCGCCCUCACAAGUGCCCAGACUGUGAUAUGGCCUUUGUGACCAGUGGAGAGUUGGUUCGGCAUCGCCGUUACAAACAUACUCAUGAGAAACCAUUCAAAUGUUCGAUGUGCGACUAUGCUAGUGUAGAGGUCAGCAAGUUGAAACGCCACAUUCGCUCUCAUACUGGAGAGCGCCCAUUCCAGUGCAGCUUGUGCAGUUAUGCCAGCAGGGAUACUUACAAACUGAAGAGGCACAUGAGAACUCACUCUGGAGAGAAGCCUUAUGAAUGUUACAUCUGUCAUGCUCGCUUUACCCAGAGUGGCACCAUGAAAAUGCACAUUUUACAGAAGCACACAGAGAAUGUGGCCAAAUUUCACUGCCCCCACUGCGACACUGUCAUAGCAAGAAAGAGUGAUUUAGGUGUUCAUUUACGAAAGCAGCAUUCCUACAUUGAGCAGGGCAAGAAGUGCCGUUACUGUGAUGCUGUGUUCCACGAACGAUACGCUCUCAUCCAGCAUCAGAAAUCUCACAAGAAUGAGAAGCGCUUCAAGUGUGACCAGUGUGAUUAUGCAUGCAGACAGGAGCGGCACAUGAUCAUGCACAAACGUACCCAUACUGGAGAAAAGCCUUAUGCCUGUAGCCAUUGUGAUAAAACCUUCCGUCAGAAACAGCUCCUCGAUAUGCACUUCAAACGUUACCAUGACCCCAACUUUGUCCCUGCUGCCUUUGUCUGUUCAAAGUGUGGGAAAACAUUCACUCGCAGGAACACCAUGGCUAGACAUGCAGAUAAUUGUUCUGGCCCAGAUGGUGUAGAAGGAGAGAAUGGAGGGGAGCCUAAGAAGGGAAAACGUGGGAGAAAGAGAAAGAUGCGUUCUAAAAAAGAAGAUUCCUCUGAUAGUGAAGAAAAUGCUGAACCAGAUCUGGAUGACAAUGAAGAUGAGGAGGAGACAGCAGUAGAAAUUGAGGCUGAACCGGAAGUGGAGCCAGUGGCUCCCGCACCACCUCCUGCUAAGAAACGAAGAGGAAGGCCGCCAGGCAAAGCCAACCAACCAAAACAACCCCAGCCUGCAGCAAUCAUUCAGGUUGAAGACCAGAACACUGGUGCAAUUGAAAACAUUAUAGUUGAAGUAAAGAAAGAACCUGAUGCAGAAACAGUAGGGGAAGAAGAGGAAGCUCAGCCUGCCGUAGUGGAAGCUCCCAAUGGAGAUCUCACUCCUGAGAUGAUUCUGAGCAUGAUGGACCGGUGAUGGAGGAAAAGGCCAAGCUUGCUGACUGAACUGGCCUGGGCUGUGUUUAAACGGCUCAAAUCUAUUUUUUCCUUUUACCUUUUUUCUUGGCUUUGGGAAAUGCAUCAUUUUAGACCAUUUUACCAAACAUACUGGGAAAUAAAACUUCAAAAUGAUGUUAGAAUGUGAUUUAACUAGAACUUGCUGUUUUAUGUUAGCGUUACAGGAUCAUGGAGCAUUAGAAUAUAUGUUGGAGUCCUUGAGGGUUU